CAAUACAACAUGGCGGCACGCAUGCUUUUAGAAAUAUUUUUGUUUAUUAUUGUAAUUUCGUAUCCGUCUUAAAGAUUUUAUCUUGUUAUUCAAAGAGCAACUGUUCUAAACGAUCAGCUAUAAUAGUUGUGUGCUUAAGGCUUUUCAGUUUUGUCCUAAAAGUUAUAUUUUUUUGUGUUUUGUAACAGAAAUGAUAACGACGCAAUGGAUCACGAGGAGAAUAUUGCUACUUUAUUGAGCAUGGGCUUCGAGAACAUUGAUGAUAUCAAAAAAUCAUUGCGUCUAGGAAAAAAUGAUAUCAAUGAAGCAGUUUCUAUACUUACAAAUGAACAUUCAGAAUAUCAUUUGGGAACUGAUGAGGGCUUACAAGAUAUGUCAUCUAGUCAUGCUGUUAGUGUUGCUCCUCCUCCUUAUGAACCGUUGUGUAGUUCUCAAACAGUCCAAACGAAUCUCGCACAGAGUGAUGAAUGCAUGGAAGCAAAUGUUUUUCCUACUACAAACCUCUAUGAGCUUGAAUCAAGAAUUUUUACUGAUCAAUGGUCUAUACCUUUUAAGAAAGAAGAAUCACUAGGAAAAUGUUUAAUUAGUGCCACACAGCUUGCAGAAGAAGGUCUUUGUGAAGUUAAUGAUAGUUGUAGAAAGUUUAUUGAACAUGUUUUACCAGAAGCUUUUAAGAAGCUUUUAACUUCAGGUGCUGUUCGUAAUUGGGGUUUAGACAUUCAAGAAGGAGUGAGGUCUAUGUUACAUUUGUUAAUCAAUUUAAUCACUACUCGACUAAAAACAGAUCCUGUUCCAGAAUCAUUGUUGCAAGUUUUAGAAAAAGCUUUUGACCCUGAAUCUGAGUUUCAUAUAAAAAAUAAACAUAAGACAGUUUCAUCCGCUCAUUGGCUGGAUUCUGUAUUUGUACCAGAACAAGCUUAUGCUGUUAGCCGCAAUUCCAUCGAACCAUAUGGAUGGCUCGUUGAUCUUAUCAAUAGGUUUGGACAACAAAAUGGUUUUGAAUCAAUUCAGCAUAGAUUUUCAGGGGAUAUUACUGGCACUGGCAUGGCUGCAUUAUUGUCUCCGCUUGCAAAAUCUGCAGAGUUCCUAAACCCAAAUAAAGUUUGUCAGCACUUAUCACCAUGCAUGGAUAUUGCUGUUCGUUAUAUCAAAUCACUUUCAGAUAAUGACAUUAAAAGUAAAAGUGUAUGUUCCAUAUCAGAUUUGUUGAAAAGCAUGAAAGUGUUGUGCCUUCACUUAUGGCCUCAUCAAGUGGCACUUACUAAUUCUUUAUGCCUUGAGGUUAUUCUUCGUAUGUUAAAGUGUCCUCAUUUUAAUGCUCGAAUGAAUGGCUUAAAAGAGGUCAUGAAACUUAUUGAUGACAGUUCUAGCAUGAGGUCAUCCAAGAUAGCCAUCGAUUCGGAAAGUCUUUUAAAUUGGUUAUCUGAAAAUGAAAUUUUGUCCAUUGCAUUGGAAGGAAAUAUCGACCAAGUUCAAUACACAGACAAAAUCAAAGUUAUUGUUGAAUUUACUGGUCACCGUUUGUCCUUAGACGAAUUAACUAAAAUUUGGCGAAUGCAGGAUGGACAAAAUACACAGAUUGUUGAUAACAUACACUCCAUUAUGUCUGCAGCUUCAUCCAAAUUUAAUGUGGAACAGUUUGAUCAUCUUUUACUUUUAGUGCAGGAUAGCUGGGAGAAUAGCACAGAUCAAAUGAAAAAGCGACUUUUGUAUUUCAUUGGACGUAUUGGGAAAGAAACAAAUCAAGGUCGAGCAUCUACAAAGGUUGUAGAGCUCUUAUGGGACCUUGCUCAUGCUUCUUCUAUUCCAAUGAAUAUAGUAGAAUUAGCUCUUCAAGAGCACUUUUCUAUUUUAUGUGAAGUAGCCCAUAAAGAUCAAAUUAAAAAACAGUAUUGUGUGAGAUGUAUUGAAGAUAUUAGAAAGGGUGUAUCUGUUUUGCCAUCUCUUCGACUGUUGCAUAAUAUUUGUAAAAAUAUUUUGAAGUCUGGUGUCUAUAAACAAGAUAGAGCUAGUUUGCACGAAUUGAACAAAAAUCAUGAUAUUAUAAAACUUGUGACAACUAGUUUGGCUGCCUGUCAUAAACAGGCUGUUGAAGCUGCAAAGGGUGCCUUGAAACCAACAACUUUAGUUGAUGGCAGAUACUCGCAUGAAGAUUACGUUAAUGAGCAUUUAAGUUUCUUACAAUUUAUCCUCCAAGACGGUGCACAAUAUUUAAUAUGGCUUAGAGCAAGAGAAGUUUGGGAUGCCUUAGUGACAAAUCCAGAUUCUUGUGAUAGAGAUAAAGAGGUGUGCUAUGAUUGGUUUACAAGGUGCUUGCAAGAUCUGGAAUCAGAGACACAGUCUUCACUUUUUCAAACAAAACUUCUUAAAUUGGAACCUGCUAAAUUAACUUAUACAGGUUUCCUCUGCUUCAGAACAUACUUUGAAAGUGUCAAUUCAGCAGAUCACAAAUUAAAAAGAAAUUCUUCUGGCUUGAAUGUUGAAAAGUUAGAAUUAAAUGGAAUUGAUUUCUUAUGGCAAACUGCUUUAUCUAGUGAAGAGCACAUAGCAAAUGUUGCUAUUGAAUAUUUAUUAGAAAUAUCUUAUCAUGCUUUGGUGCCUAGACUCAAGAAGGAUGUCCUAUCUCUACAUAAUAGAUUUAUUAAUGAAUGCUACAAAAGAUUAGAGUCUCAGUCAGUGGCAUUGAGUUCAAAUGCAAUGGUUACAGCUGUUUCCAAUGCUACCAAGACUCUCACUGCUGUGUCCGUGCUUGAAGUUGCUGCCUCUCCAGCAGCUAAAAGAGCUGAAAAAUUUCAAAGCAUAUGUCGUUUGCUGCAAAUUGCCGAGAGGUACAUUUCUUCCAUUGAAGAGAACCAUUUCUCUCCAAGAACUAUUCUACCUCAUGGAACAUCGUUUAUUGGCCAUCCUUUACUAAUUAAGAUAUGUGUUGAUUCAUCAAAAGAAGAACACCUAGUUGUAUCACAUAGUAAUGAAACUCUGGGGUCUGUAAAACAAAGAAUUGCUCAAUAUCUGCAUCAAAAUCCAAUGCAAGUUCACCUUUACCAAGAAGAAAAUGUGCAGAUUCCUAAAAAUAGAGAACAACAGCUAAUGAAUCAGCUAAAUAUUCGUGAUGGUCAAGUUCUUAUUAUUAAAUGUGUUGGUGGUGGAAUGUCAACUGCUCUUUCUUCACAGGACUCAAGGACUUAUUCUGGCUAUGGUUCCUUAACUCUUCUGUCUGAUUGUGCAACAUCUGGAAAUCAUGUUUCAUAUUUCUUGGAUCAAGAAAAAGUUUUACCUGGUGUAGUUAUGGCAGCUGGUGGACAAGUGUUUGAAAAAUUGUAUUUGCUAUCCACACAUGAAGAUCCCAGAGUCACAUCUCAAGUAAGGAAUUUGUUACAUCUUAUUCCUACUGAUCCUGCUAUAUUGGAUGCAUUGGAUUCAAUAAGUGCCAAAAAAGUAACUGAAAUUCCAUCACCAACCACUCCAAAGAGCAGUCCAAGGUCUAGUCCUAAAAAAUUUACUGUCACUUCACCAACCAAAGAACGAUGUGAAUCUCCAAAAGAAGUCUUAAAAAAUUUAUUUGAUGUUUCGUAUCAGAUUUCUCAUUUCAAGCUUUUAUAUAUUUUAGAGGCUUUAAGUGGAAAGCUAAUGCCCGUUUCUCAGGACACUAACACUGUACAAAGUGCUCAAAUGUUUAGCAAUGAUUUUCUUUCUGCUGGUGGUUUGACUUUAGUAUUAAAGGUACUACAAAAGGACAGUAUACCAAAUGAUGUGGAUUAUGAUAUUCGACAAGGGUGUUAUUUAACUGCUUUGGCCAUUGCAAGAUUUUUGUUGUGUGGAGAAACUGGGUUGGAAUUAUCCUAUUUGUUUGGACAUCAUACAGUAUUUUCUAGUGGUUCAAAACUCUCUAUAAUUGAAUAUUGUACAAAUACUGGAAUAUCUGAUGAUUUGUCAAGUGCAGUAAAGAGAUUAAAUGCAGUUAAAGCAAUAGAAACAAUAAAAUGUGCUGAUCUUUUGGAAACACUUCUGAAUCUUGUUCGCCUAUCUUGGGCUGCAGCAGCUGGUAAUUUACUACUUGUAAAUUGUACUUUACCAAUUAAAGAAGGAACUCAUUCAUGCAUGGGUAGAAGUCGGCAAAGCAGCACUGGUAGCAAUGCUAGCAGUGGCAGUGAUAGUAAUGAAGGGCUUGUUCUUCAUGGAGGUGUUUGUGCUCAGCAACAAUAUGUCAGAGAAAAAGAUGUCCUCCUGUCAGUCAAAGCACUGGAAUUUUUAAUAACAUGUAUUAAGAUGCGAACUGAUGUUUUCAGUAAAUUUGUUACAGUACCGUGUGUUAGUGAGUUUGUUAUUGAUAUUAUUCUGUGUUCAUCAAGCCAUGUUGUAAGGCAAUGUGCGUUAGAAGAAUUCAGUAAACUGAGUACUACAAUGGUGAAUUCUCCUGUUACUCCAAGAGAUUUUCUUAUUGGAGUUCUUCUGAAAGCUCGUCUACCGCUGUGGGUACAGUCUAGUUGUAUAAGAGGUGAUAGUCAAAGACUUCUUAGUCAGUGCACUGAAUAUUUUGAGCUUGGUUGCAGACUUCUUCAUGGUCUAACAGAUUUCGAUCAAAAGCGCCUUCAUGUUGAUCCCAAACAAAUGAUUGAAGAUGAAAUUGCAUGGCUUCAAGGAUUUUCUCCAUCAUCUUCUACUGUACUUCAGUCUGCUGAUAGUGCAUUGAUGGCUGGUCAUUUUCGUUUUGUUAAAACUCUCUUGACUUGCGAUGGUGUACAGAAGCAAGAAGUUGGGAAGGUAUUAAUACCUGAUUUGUUAGUCAAUUUUCUGUUUCCUGCUUCCUUAAGAAUAUCAAGUGGUAGAAAUUGUAGCAGUAUCAGUGAAGACUGUGCUUCUAAGUGCAAAAGUUUUGAAUCACGUGCAGCUGCUUAUGAUGUUUUAGUUGAACUUGCUACUAGCUGUGCAGAAAAUAUGGAGAACAUUUCAAAACGGAUAUUGUCAAUGCAUCAUACUUUAAAACCAGAACUAGCUAAAGAAUAUGAGUAUGAGCCUUUAGUUGCUCCGAGAGCUCCUUGUGGAUAUGUUGGUUUGAAAAAUGCUGGUGCUACUUGCUACAUGAAUUCAGUUAUUCAACAAUUAUACAUGCAACCUGGUAUAAAAGAAGCUAUUUUAUCAAUUGAUGAAAAUGAACCAAAUGAAGAUGGACUUUUCUAUCAAUUUCAAAUGGUAUUUGGUCAUCUAUUAGAAUCUCGUCUUCAGUAUCAUGCUCCUGAAAGUUUUUGGAAAUGUUUUCGAUUAUGGGGUGAACCAAUAAAUGUUCGAGAGCAGCAGGAUGCUUUUGAAUUUUUUACACAUUUAAUUGACCAAAUAGAUGAAUAUCUCAUGAAAAAGGGCUGGGAUCCUGUCUUCAAACCAAAAUAUGAAGGAACAUUUUCAGAUCAAAAAAUUUGCCAAGGGUGUCCUCACAGAUAUGAAAGAGAAGAAACUUUUAUGGCAUUAAAUUUACCUGUGAAAAGUCAAAAUCUUCUUGAUUCAUUAGAUCAGUUUGUUAAAGGAGAACUUCUUGAAGGGCAUAAUGCUUAUUUAUGUGAAAAGUGUCAUGAAAAGCGUAAUACAAUUAAAAGAACUUGCAUCAAAACUUUGCCUUCUGUAUUAGUAAUACAGUUAAAAAGAUUUGAUUAUGAUUGGGAGGCUAAUCGAUCUCUGAAGUUUGAUGAUUAUUUUAAGUUUCCUUGGAAAUUAGAUAUGCAACCAUACACUGCAGAAGGUAUUCAGGAGAGAGAAUCUAUGAAAAGUGAAAGUGAUAGUGAUGAUCAGGUUGUUCCAGGAUCAACUGAUACCCAGAAAACAGGAAAUUGUGUUUAUGAAUUAGUUGGCGUUCUUGUGCAUAGUGGACAAGCUAAUGCUGGUCAUUAUUACAGUUACAUUAAAGAAAGAAGAUUAGAUUCUGGUGCUAAUCUUUCAAAAUGGUUCAAGUUCAAUGACAUUACUGUGGAGGAAUUUGAAAUGAAUGAUUUGACAUUAGAAGCUGAAUGUUUUGGUGGAACUUACAAAGCUAAAGUUAGAGAUUCAAGUAAUUCUUAUCCUGAAAUCCGACAGCGUUAUUGGAAUGCAUAUAUGCUUUUUUAUGAAAGAGUUGAAGAGGCUGUAAGAACUCCAAGAACACCAAGAAAAACUCCAAACAAAUUUUCUUUUAGAAAAUCAGAAGAAUUAUCUUUAAAUAAAACUCCUAAAAAACAAUCACCUUCUCAUCAUCGCCAAAGAGAUAGUCUGACCCAAUUGACUCAAUUAGUGGACAGAGGUGAAAGACAUGGGCUGUUCCUAGAAAAAAUGCCCGCUCGCAUUCAGCAAGUGGUGCAUGAUGAAAAUUUAAGAUUUAUGCACAAUUGUGAUAUUUAUAAUGAUUCUUAUUUUCUAUUCAUCAGGAAGUUACUUUUUGCUAACAUUAAUCUUGUACAUUCUCCAAAAUUCCUUAAUUAUGCUGUAAAUAGUCUUCUGCCAUUAAGUGUUAAUUUUCUGCUCAAUACAUACCUGCGCUAUAAAAAGCGAUCAAGUGAUACUAUGAAUGAAUUGGUUGACUUUAUUGCCAAAGUUGUCAAUCAUUGCCAAGAAGCUUCCAAUUGGUUCAUUGAAUUUUUAAGCACAGAUACAGGUUUAAGUUAUUUGAAGCCAUUUCUGUUAGACUGUCCUUGUCGAGAAGUUCGUCAAGUCUUUUCACGCUUGGUUCAGAAAGGGAUAAGCUAUUUUCUUUUAAAUGAGGGAGAAGUAACUUCACCACAUUUACAAACAAUAAUUCUUCAUUUACUGGAAAUGCUAAAUCAUGAUGUUCCAGAUAACUGUAAAAGUUGUAGUCAAUAUUUCUGGCUUUUAAGUUCAUAUGCACAACUGGGUCACAAAACUUGCAGUCACCUCAUUCAGAAUAAUGCUUUUCAAAAACUUCUUGUUUUCUUAUUAGGACCUGCAUCUGCUAAUAUGUCUAGUUCAGAUACUUUUUCCCGGAGAUGGACUCCUUUGCAGACACAAGAAUUUGGUGCUCUUCAUAUAACAAUGGCAUCAUUGAUACUGAGCUGUGAUUUGACUCCUUACAGAACUUGUGAACUAGAAAAUUACCCAGAAAGAAGCUCAAUAUUUUCUGCAAGUGAAACAUUUCUUCCAAUGCCUAAAGAAAUACAAGAUGCAUUGUAUGGACCAGGUGCUCCUAGAUAUUUGCAAGAGAUUGUUAGUGCUUGUCGAGAAGUAUCUGGGUCUAUAUCUGUAUUUACUGAUAUGUUAGUGCAGUGUUGCUUUUGUAAUGAAGAUUUUUCUGUUUCUAUAAUUCGCCAAAUUAUGUUGCAAUAUUCUUCGGUGCCUUCCAAUGAAUUAAAAAACUUAUCUUAUUUAUUAUUGGAAAUAUUAGUACUAGAAGACACACUUCAGUUUAAAAGAGUCCUGAUUGUGAUAGAUGGUAUUUCUAGUGAAAAUGAACCUUCCUUUGAUGGCAUGCUUGCCAUCAUCCGUGCUAAUGAAACAAAUGAUAGCCGUCGCUCCUAUCAAGGAGUAAAAUUCCUUGUCAGUCUUUCCAUAAAAUGUCUUUUAGUAAAAGAUUAUUUACUACAAACACCAAAUAAAUGGCAGUGGGCAGUUAACUGGCUUAAGAAAAUGAUGUCUGAACACAACUAUUGGACCCCUUCAAAUGUCUCAGUUUCAAAUGAAGAUUCUAAUACAAAAACAUUUCAGAGAACAGUCAGUGCACAGGACACUCUUGCUGAAGCUACAGCUUUACUAGACGGUCUAGAAUCCCCUGAUGGACCAGAGGACGUUGAUAUGGAUGUUGAUGAAAAAACUGAAGAAAGUGAAGAAGGAGAAAAAACAGAGAAAAGUUCUACUGAAUAUAUAAUAAAUAUAAGUCAAGAAAGCAUCGCUAAAAAAAAUUUUAGAACCAUGAAGUGAUUCCUUCCAUUGAAAGUGGUGAUGAUUUCUGUGCCUUUUCAUGCCAAAGUCAACAAUAUUUGUAUAUGAAGCAGACUUAAUGCAAAGCAUUAUUUUCCUGUGAAAAUUAAAAGAAAAAAAAUUGCUAUUGUUGAUAGAUACAUAACUCCUUCUGAUAGUGGGUUUUAGUGUUAUUCUCAAUUAAUUCAUUUUAUAUAGUAUAAUUAAAGAGAGAACGAUUCUAAAAUUUUGUUUUCCUAUGUUUGUAAUAUUUUUCUUUACUUUUGUAUUUUUAUUAGUUACAUAUAUAAAAUCGUAAAAAUAUACAUAUGUACAUAAUAAAUAAUAUUAGUUCUUGUUAAAUUCAACCCAGUGAUCUUAAAAGAACAACUUAUAAAUCUCAACUUACUGUUGUGUAUUUCGAUAAUGUUGCUGUAAAGUAAAAGCUAUAAUAAAUAUAAAGUGCCAGUAUACUUAGCAAGUCUUAUUUGCUUUGUAAUAUAUAUGUAUAAAGCUCAACUUCUUGUAUUAUUUUUAUUAAUCAUUUGUUUUUUGUAUUUUGAAUAAAAAACAAAGUUGUUAUGUAGAUAAUUAAAUUUUGACUUUAUUCAAUUUUUAUUGUUGGUCAUGGUUAUGUACAGAAAUUAAAUUUUGAAUGUAAAUAGUCAAAUAUAGUAUCUGAAAUGAUUUCAUUUUACAGAUGGUUUUAUUGUUUUUAAUUCUAAGCAAUAACAAAGUUAUAAUAUUUCUAAAUAUAUAAAGAAUUUUUGAAAAUUUUCGGUUUAUUCUUCUUGCUAACUAUAAUGCUACCUUUAUCUAUUAAUUUUUUUAUAUAGGUAAAUUAUAUUAUUUAGAAAUAUAAUUUGUAAAAGAAAGAUAUUAAUUUUGGAAAUAAAGCUUAUUAUUAAAUUUAAUUAUUGAAAUAAUUAUUAUAUUUUUAAUUAUAUUGUUAAUAAUUAAUAUAAUAAUUAAAAAUAAAUAUUAUGGCUUCUUUUAGAAUACAGUUUCAGAGACUACUUUAAAAUUUAAUGAUUUUUUUAAUUUAAAAGUUUAAAUAUUCAUUCAUUCUCAGUGUAUUAUAAUUUCUAAAAAGAAAAAUAAGAGGAAGGAAAACAAAAGGAGAACUUAAUUUGAGAAGUCAAUUCAAUCUGGAGAGUAAAAUUCUUUUUGAAUCUUUAUCAGAAUGUGUAAACUCAGUCACAUGAGUUUUAAUGUGAACAAAGGAUUUAUUUCUAGAGUGUGUGUGUGCUUGGGUGCUUCUUUUUAAUAACAAGUUAUCAAAAUUUUAAAAAUUUUGUGUUCAAUACUUAUCAUUUGUAAUAUUAUCAAUUGCACUGCUUGUAAUGUUGAUUAGUCUAGCAGCUACAAUUUUAUGUUUUUAAAUAUAUGCUGCUGUUUUCCUUUUUUUUUUUUCCAUUUUUAAAUGCACAUUUUGUAUUUUUGCAGCUUAUAAAUUACCUGCUAACACAUGCAUUCUCGAUGUCAUUUUUGAUUUUACACAUUGCUGUGACAUCUCACUUACUGGUUAUUUCACGUUGAUGUUUGCAUGAACCUCUUUAUUACACAUUAGAACUAUUAUAUAAAUGUUUAUGAGUAAUGAGCUUCUUGAAGUUUAUGUGUUUGUCAGUGUUUUUCAUAUUUUGUUUCUCAUUGUGAUUUGUAGCAAUAAUCUAAACUUUACAACAUAGAACUUUUUUGUACUUAACCCUAUUUUUAAGAAUUAUGUAGUUAUGAAAUCUUACUUGUUUUAAUUCAUUUGGGUGAAUUUAAAAUUGAUAAUAAAUUGUACAAAUCUCUUCUUUUUCUAAAUGAAGUUACUAUCUUGUUGAUUUCAUCCGUAAUUUUAGGGAUGAUACUUGAGAUUAAGCAUCUAUCAAUCAAUAAAAUAAUCAUUAUAAAAAUAAAUUAAAAUUAAAAAUUUUCUGAACCAAAACUAAUAAAAGAUACAAUGUAUGUAGAUUAGAUUGAGAUUAAGCAUGUCAGAGUAAACCAGUUAUAAUUGCAAUACAUUGGUGUAGUUUAUUGAUUUUGAUUUUUCUGAUUUUGAUGUUACAUUGCUAUAAUUUAUAUAGUAUUUUGCUCAAGGUGCAUGAAUCUGCAUUUUUACACAUUGUUAAAAAAAUUAUUCUUCUGCUGAUUUUUCAAAAAAAAAAAAAAAAAAAAAAAAAAUAUGGUAUUGGAGGGAAAAAAAAUUAUUUAUGGAAAUCUGUUUUCUGAAGUAUAUAAAUUGUAGAUUGCAGUUGUUGUUUCAAAAAUUCACUCAAAUGACAUAGCAACAUGUAUUCUUUUCAUAUACGAUAUCUUGAAUCUUUGUAAAAAUAUUGCAAAUGUUUGUACAAUUGAAAGUUUUGUCUUUAAAUAAUAAUUUUACAUAUUUUUGAGUUUAUAUUUUUAAGAGUCAUUAUUAUUUAUUUUUCAUGGACCUAUGUAUACAUAGCAUUUUUUGAAAGGAAGUAAAGUUAAAAUUAUAAUUAAUGAGAUUUCUCUUUUUCAAAAUUUAAGUUUAUUUUCUUAUAGAACUUAAAGAAUUAUAUAUUAUAAUUUUUAAAUUAACAAUGUUCAACGUAUAGAAAUUAUCAUUAUUAUUUUAACUUCAUUUAAACUACAGAUUUUUGUAAUGCAUUCUCUUCCAUUUGCAAUUUUGACUUAAAAUACACUUUACUACAUGACUUGGUUUAAAAAAAAAAGUUGAAAGAAUAUUUCUAUUAUUAUAGAAAUCUGUUAUAAGUUGAUUAUUGUAAAAUUUUUAUAAUU